AUGAUUCCUCAAGGAAUAAGAGAGAGUAGACUAGAAGAAUUAAAAAAAUUUCAAAAAGAAGAAUACCAUGAAUUUGUGUUACAACUUUAUGAAACACAUCAAAAAUCAAUAUCAGAACACACAAAUCAAACAAAUACAAAUGGUUCAUUUGCUGAUUUAACAUCAUUACAUAAAUUAGAUGGAAGAGAAAUCAUCUCAAAGGCCAUUGAUAAAAUUAAAAAAAAUAAUGAUAUGCUGAACACCAAAAUUUCAAAUGAAUUAUUGAAGUUAGAUAAAGAAUGUAAUUUCAACACCUUACAUGGUAGUAGACAGAAUAGUAUUGGGUCUAUGUCUGAUUUGUUUUGCUCAUCACCUACUUUGAUGUCUCCACCUUCACCUAAAUUUUCUGCUAUAAGUGGCUUUAAUACUGAAGAAAAAAAACCAAUGAUUUAUCAUAAUGAUGAUCCUGAAUUAAUAAAUUUAAUAAAUCAUAUACAAGAAUUUCAAAUGAGUUACACUAAUGAACAAGCAAAGAUCGCUCUUGAAAUUGCAAAUGGAAAUAUGGUUUAUGACAAUGCAGUAGUCAUUUUAAUGGAUGAUAUUGCAAGAGUUAAUGAAGUUAUAUCAUCUGGUGGUAGUGUUAAUAGUGGUGGUUCUAUAUCCAAUGGCCUGCCAACAACUCCAAGAAGACCAUCAUUACCAAUAUUCAACUCAUCAUUGUCAAACUUAUCUUCUUCAUCCUCCCAAAAAGACUUGCCACCCCAACCAAAAAGAUCAAAAACCAUUAAUAGACCAUUAUCCAUACUGACAAAACAAGAUACAAAAAAAAAUUGGUCACAAUUCUUUUUCCAACAAAAACAAAAUUCAAUGUUAAGUUCUCCUACAAAUUCUACGGGUAGGAAAAUUGGGUUAUGGAUAAAUAAAGCAAUGGAAAAUUUUAGACUUGAAGAAGCCAAUGGCCAUGGACAUAAUAUGCAAUUAGACAAUUCACAUUUAGUAGAAUCAUUUACAAUCACAAUAGGAAAUCAGGUUAAAUCCACAAAUAAUUUGAGGCUAUUAGUAUCAGAUAUAGAAGAUGUUAUUAGUUCCUCAAAUGAUUCAGCUAAAGAAAUGGCAUACAGAGCACAAACUGCAGCAAAUUUGUAUUCACAAAAUUUAAAUGCUCUAAUUUUAUUAUUAACUCCAAAAGAUUGGGCUAAAUAUAAAAUUGGCAAAAGUGCUAACAAAGAAUUUUUUAAAAAAUGUAAAGAAUCAACAGAAUUCCAUUUUAAUGAUGUUGAAACGCAACUUGAUAUUAUUCAAAAAGUUUAUCCUAUUGAUACUGAAGAGCCAUCUUUAAAAGAAGUGUUUCAUUUAGUUAUAGAAUUUGAAUCCAUCCAAAAAUCAGAAUUGACACCUAGAUCUCCAGCAAUUUCUGGAUUAAGAAACAUUCUACGAACAGUUGAUCGAUUUGACAUCAACUCUAUAAAUAUACCAUUUUUUUUAUUACCAUCAAAUACCCAUGUUUUUUCUGAUUCUACUUUAAUUCAAGAACAUGAAAAUUUAUUGUAUAAAAGAUGCGAAUCAGUACUGAAAUGCACAAAAGGUUUCAUGAUAAAUAAUUCCAGGAUUCCAAAACAAUUAAAAGAAAAUAGUAGUAAUAAUUAUUUGCAACAGGAUGAAUCAAAAACUUUGACAUUUUUACUACCUAAAACUUUUACUGAAUCGGAAUUCAAUACUUUUAGAUAUUUAUUGACCAACAUGUUUAGAGCUACUUAA